AUGACGCACCUCGACCUCGAUGAUUUGAACCUCCCCAUAGCGCUGAGACGCACGCGUCGAACUGGGACUGGAACUGUGCGCCGGAGUCCUACUUCCGGCGUAGAUGUGAGAAGUGCGAUCAGGAACAAGAAUCCGGCAGUCUCAUGCACACGAGAGCUAUCACCGCCUACUCCCCCGACGACACCACGGCAGAACUUGUUGAAGAAUAAGAUAACGAAGACCAAGACCGUCCGGAGGGGCAACAAAAUACACUUCUCAACAGGCGGCACUGGCAUGCAACUGGUGGAAGACGACGAACUCUCACUAUCAACUGGCCUGACGCCUAUGGUCCGGCGCACAUCUUUGCAACCCCCGUCACCAGCGCCAAAGUGUCUAUAUAAGAGUCACAAUACAGCAGCAGUCACACCAUCACGUCGACGGUCUGCUCCCACAAGAUUAACAUCAACAACACAACCCGGCAACACCACCUCCAACCCAGACCUUUUUGGCGCCGAAGCUACCUCUGCACACCUUCUUCCCCUCCGCCAGAGCCACAAGCGCCGCAGCAUCCAGAUCCGCCGCAACGCUUCUCUGAGCAGCGCUCUAAGCGAGGAGAAGAUGAACCGCGUCUACACCGAACGGCGCAAGAGGGAGAAGGAAGCCCAGGAAGCGCAGGAGGAGAUUGAAAGGCUUAGGGCUGAGUUGAAGGAGAAGAACGAGACGAUUGAGAGGUUUCAGAAUGACGAUACUGUGGAGUUGGAGUUGCCACUGGAGGUUGACGCUGGGAGGGUGUGGGAGUUGGAGAGGGGGAGGGCGGUGGGGCAGGCUGCUGUUGUUCAACAACUACGUUCGCCAGAAACACCUAGUAACCCAACUUUUCACACCGCAUUGUCGGUGAGGCGUGGUGAAGAUCUGGGAGGAGAUGAUGGGGAUGAUAGGCAGCACAUGGGCAUGGGCAUGACAUUGGAUCACCCGCACCGGCACCACUAUGACCCCGGCUCAGGCUCGGAGACGGAGGCUCUGAGCUUAACAACAUCGCAAUUCGGUGAAGCCAUCCGUGCCCAGCUGGAUUGCAGCACACCACCUCCCUCGGGCAGUCGGGCACGUCAUCGUCGUCCACUUCCAACGACAACAGCAACAGCAACGGCAGCGGGAACAACAGCAGCAGCAGCAGCAGCAGCCAGAGUGGGAACAAAACCCUUCCCCAGCCCGCCAACCACCAGCCCUAUGGGUAUGGCUAUGACCAUGAUGCCCGUCACCGGCCAUGGUACGGAACUACCCAUAACACCGUGCUCCAACUCCCGACAUGGAGGGUCUGCCUUGAGUUCGAGGCGUACGUCUAAUGCUACUACCAUUCAUGCUCACAACCUAAACGAAGGGCUAGAGGAUACACCAACCCGUGCCUCAGGUUCUGCUUCAUCAUCAACCCGCCCCCAACAGCACCACCAGCAAUCCCCCUCCUCACCGUCAACAGAGCAGCAAACCCAACUCCAAACACUCACCACCCAAAACACCACCCUUCAAGCCUCCCUCGACCGCACCCAACGCUCUUUACGCGUAGCUUUGCAAAUGGUCAAGAAACUCCAGUUGGAAAGCGAGCAUCUGCGUGGUGAGACGUUACUCCUUCAAAGGGAGAAGAGGGAGUUGAUGGAGGUUGUUAAUGACGUACAGGGUAUGGUGAGGAGGAGGGAUGAGAUGUGGAGGGGGAGGAUGAGGAGGUUGGGGGAGGGGAUUGUGGAGGGGGUUAGGGGUGCUUUUGAGGAGGUUAUUGAGGAAGGGUUGGAUUCUGGGGUGGGGGUGGAAGUAGAGGAGGGGCUGUCAACGGCGCGGUUGUCGAGGAAGAGGAAGAGGGGGAGGGAGGAGGACGAUGAUGCUGAUGAGGAGGACCAGGUUUACGAGGACAUGCAGGAGCGGGAAGGUGGAGAUGGUGAAAGUUGUGAUUUGGGAAGUGGGAACUCAGGUGCUGGUGGUGGUAGUAGUGAUAACGGUAGUUACGAUGAUGGGCUUGAGGAUAUGGAGCGCCGGAUUAUGAGGGUGAGGGAAAGGAUGAUGAGGAAGAGAAGGAGGAGGACCGGUGGUUUCGGUCCGGAGGAGGAGACAGAUCCUGACGCUUGA